GGGUUGUGUUAUUUUACUUGGUUCUUUGGAAAUAGGGCCAGGUCUUGGUGGCUGGGAGUUGGUGAGGCACAUACUUACGAUCUCACAUUGCCUCAGUGCCUCUGAGGUGAAGCCCUCUAAAGCCAGGAGUAAAGCAUCUAAGCUUGCGGAGAUGAGGUAUCUUGCAAAGGAAUUGAAGUAUUAUCAACUGGACCCGAGGUUUAAUGCAGAGAAAAUCAGAGAUGAGACUAUUAGAAGGUUUGGCAGAACAAAACCUGAACUUCCUAGUAGGCUUGACAUCAGAGAUACUUUGGGUAUACCUACACCUGAUGUUGUUACAAGUCCACCCCCAAGAUCAACAUCUGACCAAGGUCCAAGGAGGCUCUCACUGCCACAAGGAGGACGACGUUCCAGCAGCCCUAUGGCUAGAAGGCCCCCUAAGUCACCUAACAGGCGUAUGACAGUGGGACCCAACCAGGGGCAAAUAUUCAAUCCUGGGCAGAGGAGAAUGUCUAACGCUGAAGCCCAGCAGAUGCUGCUGCCACCUGGUGGGCUCCCUAAGAAAGGUGGACUACACGCUAGCAACAGUACAAGCUAUAGAACAAGUGAUGGCUUCAAGAAUAUUGCAUCAAAAGCUAUGGCUUUGUCUAAGGUUGCAAAUGUUUUCAAGAAGAUGCAAGGAGGUGAGAAAUCUAUCCUUGGUGUGUCAGUCUCCCAACAGGAGACACGAGAGACAUCUCCAAGCCCUUCGUCACCUAGUAGUCCCUCAUUGUCUCCUAAAUCGCCAAGAUCUCCACAAAGCCCCAGGAAGAGCUCAAUCACAGAGUCCCGAGAAAGUAGAAGCAAACAGAGGGCCAGGACAUUGGGCACUGAGCUUUUGCUACUUGGGGGUGUUAAAAGGCUGGGGGAUUCUGGGAGUCCAAGGAUGUCUGUGCAGUCUAAGCUGGAGAGGAUGUGGGAAAUGGGAGAACAAGGUACCAUAGGAACAAAGUAACAUCACGUCUAAUCACAGAAUGAAAACUUUCACAAAUUCAGAAAACACCACAUACGUAUGGCAUAUUUCAAUAGCUGAACAAAUCACACAACACAUGGACUUUUCACUUUAACAAUUUCUUUACUCUCAUUUGGGGUGCAAACUCCACUGGGAGAAAUUUAUGUUUUCAUUGAUCACUUUUCACAUAUAUUAUGUAUUAUGUUAUAUGACCUCAUCUAAGUAUUUCAGAUAGUCAUCUUUAUCUAACCCUCUUAUUCAUUUCCUUACAUGUAUUUUUAAUGUAAUACUGUAUGUAUCCUUGCUUUUCCUUGUUUUAUUACAUUUUUGUUAUUUUUGUAACCUACAGUAAUAGAAAACACGUUAAAUACAGUUGUGGCAUAAUUUUCCGAAUUCCAGGUUUUUCUUUUAUCUCUGUUUGAUUUAUUUCUUUAUCAUGUUGUUUGUAUGAUUAAAGCUGUAUUUCAGGUAGUUAUAUAUUUCACAUUCAUGCUGUUUAU